AUGCCUUCACAUUUCAGUUCACAUUAUCAUUGCUGCUUAUCAUAGAUUUUCAAUUAUUUAUAAUUUAUUAUACCGUAACACUCUCAAGACUUUUUCACAAUGAAGUAACAAUUGAUAAUCAAUCAAAUUUAUGUAGGGUAAAAAAAUAAAAAAUAAAAAAAAAUAAAUUAUAAAUCUACAAAUUUAUGUAGGGUAGAUGUCAUUAUAGAAUAAUGGGACAAUAGCAACAAGUAGUUCAACAGAAACGUUUUAAUUUUUCAUUUGACAGGAUUAUGUUCGUGUUAUUUUUAAUUUGCACCCAGUAGGAUAAUGUGUUUCGUUGAAUAGUCCAUUAAAUACGCAAGCUUCAUGAUAGCUUGUUAUUGAUUUUGACAUUAUUUAGUGGGUCAUUUAGUUCAAAAAUAAUUAUUUUUAGCAAGUUAAAUGUUUUGCUGUGAUGAGAAUGUUAAUCAUGGAUUCUGAUUUAGUAACAAUGAGCCUACUAGGAAAAUUAUUUGUGUUUUUAAUAACACUUUUUUGACAUUAUUUAGUUGGUCUUUUAGUUCAAAAAUAAUUAUUUUCAGCAAGUUAAACGUUUUGCUGUGAUGAGAAUGUUAAUCAUGGAUUCUGAUUUAGUAACAAUACGCCUACAAGGAAAAUUCUUUGUGUUUCUGAUAAUACUUUUGGUUAGUAGUAAUACUAUUGGAGCAGCGCAACUGGUACAAGGAAGCUGUUCUGAUGGAUUUGUAACGUGUGAAAACGGCGAAUGUAUUAGUGGCUGGAAUGUGUGUGAUGGAACUGCUAACUGUUCUGAUGGAUCAGAUGAGAUUCAACCUAUAUGCAUGAACAUAAGUUGUCCGGCCAAUUCGUUUCGAUGUGCUAGCGGAGGAUGUGUUGACGUCCAUUUCAAGUGUAACGGCCAGAAUGACUGCGCCGACCAGUCCGAUGAAUUAUCGUUGUCUUGUGGCGUGCAAUGGCUCACUAAUAGCGCGUCUCCUCCAUGCAGGGAAGAUCAAUUUCAAUGUCGUAAUGGAGAGUGCAUUGCAGGUAAAAGCCUGUGUGAUGGUGAAAUUAACUGCUCCGAUAGAUCAGAUGAGAGUAUCCUUGCUUGCUACGACAAACUGAGUUGUCCGCCCGGCUCAUUCAGGUGCGCGUAUGGGGGCUGCAUCAGUGCAAAUGGUCGCUGCAAUUCUAGAAACGACUGCGCGGAUGGCUCUGAUGAACAUUACCUCCUUUGCAAUCGUCCCAAACCUGAACCGGUUCCAUUGGAUCUUCCUGGGCUUCAAAAACCUCCACCAACAAAACCGUCUGGAAGAAACUGUGUCGUUCCCGAACACGAACAUACGCACCUUUCUCGUCUGCAGUGCAAAGUGGGAGACUGUGGUGUUAGACAAGGAGAGUUGGUCAGUGAUGAGGAGUAUUUCCUUCUCACUUGUGACAGUCCUUAUUAUACGCCACUCAAUGUGGGCGUGGUCAAAUGCGCCAAUGGGGUCUGGAUUCCUGAGAAGCACAUCUGCCAGAGGAGAUGCAAGCCGUACAUGUCGUCAUCACUUGAGGUAGUGAGCUGCUUGCAGGCUGGCAGGGCAGUGAACUGCAGCGAGGAGGUGCCUGUGGGAACAGUCGUCCGGCUGCAGUGUCGAGAUGGCUACGAGACCCAUGAAGGCCUGCUGGUUCACUCCAUCGAUGAAUGCCUCAAAGACGGUACCUGGCUCUACAAGGACAAGAUUGCUGUGCACUGCUUCUACAGAUGCGGAAUUCUUUACAAGCCACCUAGACCAGAAGAAGGUCUUAAACCUUUGAUUUUUGGUGGCAGCAACUCGAUUGCUAUCAAUCACCCUUGGAAUGUCGGAUUGUAUUAUUUCGAUCGUGCAAUAAACAAAUACAAUUUUUUCUGUGGAGGCACUCUCGUAUCACCUUUUACAGUCUUAUCUGCUGCUCAUUGCUUUGUUAAUGGAACAACUGGUGAUCGUCUCGUUGCGAGUGAUGUAUGGGUUGCUUUGGCAAAAACAAAACGCGAAUGGAGUUCAGAAGAACUAAGAGUUCAAAAAAUUCAGGUGGAAAAUUUCUAUAUUCCUGAAAGAUAUGCAGCACAUAAUUUGUCAUUUUUGAACGAUAUCGCCGUUAUAGAGCUGAGAACACAAGCCAAAAUAAGUAGGAGUUAUGGAAUACCCAUGCCAGCGUGCUUGGCCAACCCAAAAAAUAAAUUGAAUCAAGGAGCAAUUGGACUGUUAGCCGGCUGGGGUGAGAAUGACGCAAAAGACAAAGACAUUCUCCAAGCUGCUAAUUUUACUUACCAGCCUUAUCACAAAAAUUGCCGGGAGCAUGCUAAUAACACGAUACUCGCCGAUCAUUUCUGUGCCUAUAUUAUUGAAGAGAACGGUUCUAUAAAUCAGCCGUCAGUGAGCUUUGGAGAUAGUGGCUCAGGAUUCAUUCACGAAAUCAAUGGCAAUCAUUUCAUAUACGGCGUAACCAGCACUAAAAAACUCACUACGUCCGGCUUCACUUUGAGUUCUUUCACUGACGUCACCCACAGCGAUAUAUGCCAGUUUGUUAGAAAAAAGGUGGAAAUGAUCAAUAAGAAACAUAGUAAUUUUGGUUUCUCAAGAAUACCAUGUGAAUAACAAUGAAUACAUUCCAAAGGGUAAACUUUACUUCUACUUGAGUACCUAGUCUAUUUGAUUAAAAACACACAGUUUUAUAGUGUAAGGCACAGUUGCACAAAAGCCUGUUAAAUUUGAAUCAUGAUUAAAUUCCAUGAGAAGGUUUUUCUGAGAAGAAGGCUUCUCUGAUAGGCUCUCCUGACAUUUAAUCAAGAUUUAAAAUUAACAGACUUUUGUGCAGCCAGGUGAUAAGAAGGCUUAUCUGAUAGGCUCUCCUGACAUUUAAUCAAGAUUUAAAAUUAACAGACUUUUGUGCAGCCAGGUGAUAAGAAGGCUUAUCUGAUAGGCUCUCCUGACAUUUAAUCGAGAUUUAAAAUUAACAGACUUUUGUGCAGCCAGGUGAUAAUACCUUUUAUUUUGAACUUGGUAGGAAUGGAGCUACGAUUACACCAAAGUUAUUAACAAAAUGUUUAUUUUUUCAUUCUUACAGAUUCUAUUAUAUUGAACGAAGCUUGACAAACACAUAUGCACAUCAUGUGUAUGAUAAGUUAUGUUCAAUCUAAUAGAAUCUAUAAGGACGGAAAAAUAAACAUUUUAUUAAUGACUUUGGUGUAAACGCAGCUUAAGAAAGUUAUAAAAAGACAGACAUUUUGAAAAAAAAUAUUUUGACAAUAUAAUUUUCUAUCAAAAGGGUGCAUUCUAUUAUUAAUGAAGCCUACACUAGCAUUUUGUUGAUAACUUUGGUGUAAACGCAGCUUAGAACAAUUAAUAUUCACUCAAAUAGCUCUAGUUUAAAUAAUUUAUACUAAUAUUAAAAUUUAGAAAUUACCGUACUUUAUAUUCUCAGUUAUUAGCUUCUUAAUAAAUUCCUUGUUUUGUCUGACUACAAGUAUCUUGUCCGACAUCAAGUAUCCAAGUAUACAAUAUUUAUAAUUUCGAUAUUUUGAAUUAUAAAAAUGUCAUUAAUAUUUGUCUUAUUAAAUAGAUUAAAUUCUAUUUUGCCACAUCUGUUUAUGCUAACUUUGAUUAUGUCCGGAAGGAUAUUUUUACAGUUGUCCAUUUGUUAAUUCUGUUUAUUUACUCAUCACAGACCUAUAUCUAAGGUAAACCAUAUAAUUUAUUCAUUUAUUCUUUCAAUUAUGUACAAUCUUUUCAUGCUUUUCGAUUCAUGCUUUCGAGCCAAUAACGAUAAAGCAAUUAUGUUACUAAUUAUUAAGCUAAACAUUGCUAUUUAAUUUUAACUUAUUUACUCGUAUAAUAAUACCUAUUCUUAUACUUUGUACGUUCUGAACAUGAAUAAAUCUAAACUCGAGGGGAAAA